GAAGGCCGGGCACAGGGGAGGCAAGUGCCGGAAGACUUACCCCCGGAGCCACACUGGUGGGAGGCACAGGCGGGUGCCGGUGUGCGCGGAGGCUCCUGCGUGCCUAGCAGUCUCCACCUGCCCAGUGACCAUGAUAGUGUUUGUCAGGUUCAACUCCAGCCAUGGUUUCCCAGUGGAGGUCGAUUCUGACACCAGCAUCUUCCAGCUCAAGGAGGUGGUUGCUAAGCGACAGGGGGUUCCAGCUGACCAGUUGCGUGUGAUUUUCGCCGGGAAGGAGCUUAGGGAUGACUUGACUGUGCAGAGCUGUGACCUGGACCAGCAGAGCAUCGUUCAUGUUGUGCUGAGACCCUGGAGAAAAGGCCCAGAAAGGGAAGGAGGUGAUGGCCCACAAAACGCCCUGGAGGGCUCGAGGAGAGAGCCCGAGAGCUUGACCCGUGUGGACCUCAGCAGCUCGGUCCUCCCUGCGCACUCGGUGGGUCUGGCUGUGAUCCUGAAUAAUGACCGUGAGGAGACCCUGCCAGCUGGAAGGCCAGCAGGUAGACCGCCUUACAACAGCUUUUACGUUUAUUGCAAAGGCCCCUGCCAAAGAAUACAGCCAGGAAAACUCAGGGUGCGGUGUGGUACCUGCCGACAGGCGACGCUCACCUUGGCCCAGGGUCCGUCUUGCUGGGACGAUGUCUUAAUCCCAAACCAGAUGACUGGUGAAUGUCAAACUGCAAGCUGUCCUGGGACUAUAGCCGAAUUUUUCUUUAAAUGUGGAGCACACCCAACCGCUGACAAGGAAACAUCAGUGGCUUUGAACCUGAUCACAACAAACAGUCGAGGCAUCACCUGCAUAACAUGUACCGACAUCAGGAGCCCUGUCCUGGUUUUCCAGUGCAACCAUCGCCACGUGAUUUGCUUAGACUGUUUCUACUUAUACUGUGUGACAAGACUUAACGACAGGCAGUUUAUCCAUGACCCUCAGCUGGGCUACUCUCUGCCGUGUGUGGAGACAAUCGGAAGAAAAACAUAUAUUUUGACUCCUGAAGAGUUGCAACUGGAAAAAACUGGCUGCCCCAACUCCUUGAUUAAAGAGCUCCAUCACUUCAGGAUCCUUGGAGAAGAGCAGUACAACCGGUAUCAGCAAUAUGGCGCUGAAGAGUGUGUGCUCCAGAUGGGGGGCGUGCUGUGCCCUCACCCUGGCUGUGGAGCAGGGCUGCUUCCCGAGCCAGGCAGGAGGAAGGUCACUUGUGAAGGGGGAAACGGUCUGGGCUGCGGGUUCGCCUUUUGCCGGGACUGUAAGGAAGCGUACCAUGAAGGUGAAUGCAGCACCCUGUUUGAAGCCUCAGGAGCAGUUUCUCAGGCCUACAGAGUUGACGAGAAGGCCGCGGAACAAGCUCGGUGGGAAGAGGCCUCUAAAGAAACAAUCAAGAAAACCACCAAGCCCUGUCCCCGUUGCCAUGUGCCAGUUGAAAAAAAUGGAGGAUGCAUGCACAUGAAGUGCCCGCAGCCCCAGUGCCGUCUGGAGUGGUGCUGGGCCUGCAGCUGCGAGUGGAACCGCGCCUGCAUGGGGGACCACUGGUUCGACGUGUAGCUGCAGCCCUGCGCGCGCCCCCUGCCGGCCGGCGCGGAAAGGCGCGCGAGUCCCGCCAUGCCCUGGUCUUCUGUCUCCAAAUGGUUGCUUUCUCUCUCUCUCUCUCUCUCUCUCUCUCUCUCUCUCUCUCUCUCUCUCACACACACACACACACGCACACGCAGCCCUCAAGGUCCUUCCAAAACUACAAAAACAAAGUCAGAGGAGAAGCUCCUCGCAUCUCUUGCUUUGUGCCCAUGAAAAAGAGCGAGAAGUAUUCUCAGGCCUCAGCAAUACGCACAACCCAGAGCAGAGGUUCAAGUGCGGUUCCGCUUUUUUGUGUGGAUGGCCAUUCCCGCGUCAUUUCGAGUCAGGCUAGACACGUACAUAGAGAUUCCUCAGGUUUUUUUCAUUUCUCGCAUUUUACCUUCAGCAACGACUGGGUGAGUUCUCUGUAAGACUGACCGCGACGGAUUCUGAGCACUGUACUCACAACUUUUAAGAGCAAUGUUCUCAUUUAAGGUUUCAGAGAGCAUCUGUUCCCGAAGAACCACAGGCAAUAGUCAAGACUGCCUUUAUCCCCAAGAAUUCUACUAUGUAUAUAUAACAUUGACGGAACAUCAACUAAUCGGCUUGUCAACUAGUGAGAAAUUAUGAAAGCUGAUUUGAAUGUUGAAUGAUUAAAUUCCAGGAGAGAAAUCAAAACUCCAUGUACUUUCAUUCUAUUUCAUUAUUUGCGACUUUAGAAAGAACUUGUUUUUUCUGUAAAUAAUUACAAAGUCUAUAAUUCGACCUCAGACAUUCAUUUUGCGGCUUGGAGAACAAGCUAGUACCUUUGGCUUCGCUGUAAAUUUAAUGGAUAAGGGGCCCAGAGGGGAGACAUUUUUAUAAAUGGCUUUAUAAUGGUUCUCAAUGGUAACAAAAGUGCAGAGUCUUAAAGCAGGAUCUUUAAAGAAGGAGCAUUUCCGGGGCUAUGGAAAUGAGGCCAAACCUGAUUCUGCACCACAGGAGUUUAAGCUCUCUCUGCACCUGCUCCGCCCCCCCCCCAUCUGCACACCCCAGGGGCUCUGCCUACCCAGUGGGUUACUCCAGGGAGAGCCCUUUUCUCUAGGACAGUACAGUGACACCAGAAGGUUUCCUCACGUUGACAUGGAUCGAAAUGGAGCCUUCGCCAAGUUUUUGUCUUUUUUUUUUUUUUGAGGCAUCCACAACACAUCAAAAAGAGAUGUGUUUCACUAAACGCAACAAACCUCGUUUCCUACAGCACACCCUACAGAUGAAAACGUAUAACCACCGUCGUUUGUUCUCACUGUCUGUCUUCUCAGGGACAAUCGUGACCACAGCAUAAUGAGUUUCACUAGCCCAUGGGGUCCUCUUUGGAUGUAGGGCACCUGGAAAUGAUCAAAUCAGUAGCAAGGCUUCUCUUUGUAGACAUAGCACCAGAAAUCCUUGCUAGGGAGAGAGAGGGAAUGACCUCAGAAUAUUUCCCGAGGACCUCCGUCCCUCUUUCCCUAACCAUCCAUCCAGGGGCAGUCCUGCCUGAUCUCCCUCUUCUCUCAGAAGGCUAGACCUGGGACAAGAUGGGGUGUGGCAGCCACAGUGGCAUUAACAGCCUCACUUGGCUUCGCUGUGUCAGAAAAUCCAGCCUCCCCAACGUGACCCCAAAGCUGCCAGACUCAUGUCAGGAAGCCCUUAAGAUCACAGAGAGGUCCUGGAGAGCCAUUAUCUGUGAGUGUGAGAAAAAGGAGGGUCAGUAGGCAUGAGCCCACGUGUCCCAGUAUCAGUGAUCGGUCCAAAACCCACUCAGGGCCCGACUGCACAGUACUGACAAUCCCAGUAAGUAGCAGCUUCUUACAGUGACCCAACGUGACAAAUCCGAUGGCCCCCUCUGUCAUGUGGAGCACCCAGUCUUUUAUAUCCACUAGAGUUUUGGGGUUUAGCGAUACUGUCGUUUUUGCUUCCUCCCAAGCUUGCAUGGUGUGUUGGAUGUGUGAAGCCCGAACAAGGGUUGCUCUCAUGGGUUCGGGCACCGUAGAAGUUUCUAGGUCUCUGCUCCUUUCCUGGUGGUGGUCUCUUUUAUUUUUUCCCCCAGAGGAGGACACUGAAACAAGUUAAAGAAAAAACAGCGUCUGUAAAUGAAUAUGAAUCACAAACCACUACAAAUGAAUGUGUUUGAGCAUGAAUGCUGUAACCAAAUGUGAAUGUAUCAAAAAAGUAGAAAUAGAAUCUUUGCGGAAGAAUAUUUCUCUCUGAAAUGUGUAAAGGAAUAUUUGACAACUAAAUCUAAGGUCGUACUCAACUUAUCAAUAAAAGCAUCAAAAAAGCU